AAUGAACAAAAAUAAAAAGUAAAUGAAAAACAAUCGAAAUUUGCUAAUAUGCCAGCUGGAACAAACAUGGCGCUAAUACGUGAAGCAAAAAUAUCAAUGUAAAUGUCAUAAUUGUAAGUUGCGCCAAAAACUAUGCUUGUGUUCCCUUGCGGAAAAUCGAUAAGAUGAAAUUCCUCUACAUCCGUGUGUGUGUGUGUGAAUACAUUUUUCAAAUAGAUAUUCAAAGCUGAACAAAAUAUUAACAAAAUUUAUUAAAAAUGUUAACUACCAUUAAGGUGGAAGUAUAACUCAUUUUUUAGUUGAACAAUUGUACAUACAAACAUGCAUAUGUAUUUGUACAUAUAAAGCAGUUAAGAAUAAGCUACAGCCAGGUCAUUUAAGAUGCAUCCAAUUCGUAGCGAUCUUUCGAGUGGCAUUAGCAACCAGCGCCGAAAUGGAAAUGGAAAUGAUUGCAAUGCUAUAGUUGCCGGGAAUGCGUGUGCCGGACGUAGGAAAUCGGUUAAUUAUCAGCCGCAACUGGCGCUUAAGGCGAACGGAGAUGAACCGAUUGGAUCACCAGCUGGUCGCUUUAGUCCGCAUCCAAAUGAGAUAUUCCUGGCGCAGUCUAGCAAACUAACUAUACCGUUGGCCAAAUUUGAUGAUUCGCUAAUGAACGGCUGCUUGCCGCCUCCGUCGCCUGCUCCAAAUAGCGAUUGUUUGCCCUCGGGUCUAAGUCAGGCCCACGCUCACGGUCACGGCCACGCCCACGCUCAAACCCAACCAAAUUUUCAAAACAAAAUUGGCCUUAACACGAACAGCAGCGGCAAUCAGAUGCAGCAGCUGAAUCUCAACCAAUUUCAGCAACAGCAACAGGGCCCAGGCUAUCCGUUGUCAUCCUCGAACUCGACCUCGUCGCUAUGCACCAACAAUUCGGGAUGCACGCAGUCGCAGCCGGCCGAGAGCUCAUCCGGCAUCCAUCAUAAGCAUGGCAAAUAUAGCCUGCAUCCACUGCAUCCACGUGCAAUGUCUCCCAACUCGAAAUACCGCCUGGAGCGCUACCGAGAUCCGGCUCAAAAGGUGAAACUAAUCGAAACAAUGAAUCUAUUAUCGCCGGGACUUGCACCCGCAACGGCGACAACUCAAAGUGCAACCUCGACACGUUAUUUUAUGCCACCCAAAAUGGUGGAAUGUGAUGCAUACAACGGUUAUUUGGGCUCCACGGUGCACACGCCGGUCAAACGGUAUGUCCCAACGCCGCCUCCGGCGAGUGAUAUAUACACGGAUUCAGGGCUCGGUCCAACAACAACAGGAACGGCAACAACAUGCGCUGCCACGCCUCCGCUGUCAUCGCAAUACGUGAAUAUUCCGUAUAAUUAUCGUGCCAAGUGCUGUCACAGUGAACACAUUGAAUCUGGGCAGGCUCAGGGUAGCUAUUCGAAGAGCGCACAAACCUAUAAUGUGCACAAUCUGCUAUCAUCAUCAGCCGCCACAUCUUCCAACUCGAACCCAUGCCCAUGCCCAUCGCCAUCGCCUGCCUCAUCCGGCUCAUUAUCCGUAACAUUUCCUGCACCAGGCCCCAGCGUCUGCCCACCCAUUGUAAGCACGGGAAAAAACAUUGGAACAUGCAACAAGUUGCGAUCUAAUCUGGAAAGUGCACGCAGCAACCAUCCGGAUGAGGCCGAGUCCAUUAUAGUCAUACAAUCUUCGGCGUUGGGUCAGAGCGAGGGCCAACGACAGGUCCCAGCUCAGGUGCAGGUGCAGGGUCAGGACAUGGCUGGCACCUGUUUACAUUGCAAUACCGCGCGCCGGACAACCGGUGUGCAUCAGACAACACAAACAACUGGCCCGAUCAGUCCCGUGCCCCUGGCCAUGCCCAUGGCCAUGCCCAUGCCCGUAACAUCAACGGAUCUGGCCAAGCUGAAGCAUCAGCAUGAUCAGGAAAUGAUGGCACACGAGAAUGCCAGCGCCACAAUCGAGGGCUCCGAUCUGGCCGGCACAAUGGCGUUCCAACGUCAGCAGCAGCAGCAACAGCAGCAGAUAUAUCCACUUGCCCACUUGGCCAAUUCGCCCCGCCUGCAGCAGCAACAGCAGCAGCAACAUCUCGUUCCGCAGCAGCAACAACAGCAGCAGCAACAACAGCAGCAACAACAGCAGCAGCAGCAGCAGCAGGCCCUUCGGUAUUCCUGCAAGAAACGCAUCAUAAUUUAUAUGCGACGCGAGGUUGCGCGUUUCUUUGGCGUGGAGACCAGCACGGAGGCUGCGGACUUUGCCCUCUGGUACGGACGCCAUCGACGCCUGGCAAUUCGACGUUUUGGGCCAUUGAACACAAGCUCGGAAUUGGACUAUAAUAUGCCCAUGGCAGUUGACAAUCGUGAUAAUGGAAACAAUGCGGAAGCAAUUGCCUACCAUGCAACGGAUCGGCCCGAUAUCCUGCCCGCUCAUGAUGCCCAAAAUGUGGAUUUGGCACUGCAUGCCAGCGGUAGCUGCAGAUGGCGUAAAUGCUAUGCGGGCAGCGAUUUCAGUGCGGGCGAAUUUGUGGAGCGCAAGGCAUCGGUGGCUCACAUGCUGAUGACAGGUGUUAGCUACCUGAUAAGCAUGUUCAAUAUACGGCCCACAAAGAAUGGACCUGGCCGCCUUGGCAAGCGAUGCCAUCAUCGGCAAUGGUCGCGCAGCUUUGCGCCGGUCCAUGUACACGGCAGGGGCUUGGAGUCCAUGGAUCAUGGCGAGGACAUGGACGCCGAGUGCAGCAUGGGCAUGGCCAAUAGUCUAGCUGCACUGAUCGAUGACGAGGUCUUCUUCGAUAGUCCAUGCGAUGCGUCGUCCACCUCGUCGGCAAAUGAGGACGGCGAAACAAACAAACAGCCGCCCACAGAUGCAGUCGGCUUGGGACUUGGCGUCGGAGUCGGAGUCGAAGGCAGCGUUGGCGUCUAUAUGGCGUCUGAGAGGCAUCACAAUGGUUGGCGCACAUCGGCUCUAAAUGGGGGCAACGGGGGAAACGGGGACAUGCAUUUGAUAGCCGAUGCACAUCAAAUACAUCAGGUGAACCAUAUUCAUAUGAGCGGCAGCUCGGGACAAGGCCAAUCCGUGCUGCGCACAUCCAAUUCGAUAACCAAUUCUUCAACCACCAAUCGUGGCAAUCGUAUAGCUGCCCAGCUGCUGGAUGGCGUUCUGGAGAACUCGAGACGCCCCCAGACGCAGCAUAUCAAAUACUUUUCGGUCAAUGAUCUGGACGAUCGCACGGAUCAUCGACCAUUCUUCACAUACUGGAUAAAUACGGUGCAAAUUGUCGUACUGUUUUUAUCGAUCAUUUGCUACGGCAUCGCACCAAUUGGUUUCGGUACCGAACAGAAAACCGGACAAGUGCUGGUGACCAGCCUGAGCCUGCAGACGGUACAGCACAUCGAGCAGCGCAAUCUCUGGAUUGGUCCACGCAAUAAUGACCUGGUUCAUAUGGGGGCAAAAUUUGCGGCAUGCAUGCGGCGCGACAUUAAGAUCAUGGAGGUAGUGGCAAAAACUAGAAGGCAGGAACGUGAAACGGCUUGCUGCAUACGGAAUGAUGACUCCGGCUGCGUUCAGAGCUCCCAGGCGGAUUGUUCCAUACGGGGUCUCUAUCCUACGAAAUCAAUAUCGACUUGGAAAAAAUGGUCACCCGGUGAGUCAGGGCCUGGCGGGCGGAUUUCAGGAUCUGUGUGCGGCUUGGAUCCAAAAUUUUGCGAUGCACCCGCAUCCAUAGCGCCAUACGAGUGGCCCGAUGACAUAACCAAGUGGCCCAUUUGCCGAAAAACAAACUCAUUCUCGCAGCGCUACCGCUACAAAGAUCACACGGCUGAGCAUAUGGUAUGUGAAGUAAUUGGCCAUCCUUGCUGUACGGGACUCUAUGGUGAAUGCAGAAUAACAACCCGCGAAUAUUGUGAUUUCGUUAAUGGAUAUUUUCAUGAGGAAGCUUCACUCUGUUCACAAAUAUCCUGCCUAAAUAACGUUUGUGGCAUGUUCCCAUUUAUCUCAGUGGAAAUUCCAGAUCAGAUUUAUAGACUUUUGACAUCGCUAUGCAUGCAUGCUGGCAUUUUGCAUCUGGCAAUUACACUUAUAUUUCAGUAUUUAUUUCUUGCCGACUUGGAGAGAUUAAUCGGAACCUUGCGAACUGCCGUGGUAUAUAUUAUGUCGGGCUUGGCUGGAAAUCUUACCAGCGCAGUUCUGGUACCCCAUCGACCCGAGGUGGGACCCUCAGCCUCGCUCUGUGGUGUGGUAUCCUCGCUAGCUGCCCUGCUUAUAUGGAUGCACUGGAAAAAUGUACACAAGCCAUAUGUGGCAUUGUUCAAACUAUUGCUAUUGUCCACAGUUCUAUUCGGGAUCGGCACAUUACCAUACCAACUGAACUUUGCUGGCCUGCUAGCUGGAGUUUCUUGUGGCACGUUUUUAACAAUAUCCUUGGUACCGUUUGCCACUUUCACGAAAUACGGGCGCAGAAAAAAGAUAAAUCUGAUUUGGACAUGCAUACUGUUUCAUCUGUUUGUAUACGCAACUUUAAUAACAACGUUUUACAUCUAUCCCAGCGAAUUUAGUACAUUUAGUUUCGUGGAUGAUAUAUUCGGUAGUAAUGGUAACGGUAACAGCUACAUUGGUGCCACAAAUAGCAAUAUUGGACACCAGAAUGGUGAGGUAAGCAGCACCCCCCGCAGAUAUUCCCAGACACAAAAGCCUCAAUAUUAUUAUCACCAUCACUCGGAAGACAUAAUCAGGAAUGCGUUCCCCGAAGGCAACAGCAUUUCGCACAUAUAUCCGGAGACGCAGCGACAAAAAAAUAUUCAACUCUGGCAAGAAGGUCUUUACACCCGGUCAUUUCGCUACAAUUCCAACUACAGCAAUCGCAUUUAUAACAAUAUCGAAAAUGCAAUCGCUGACACAAAUGUUUUAGGCAACCAAGAUGCUCUCGCCUCUUACGGGGCUGGCCGAAUAUUAAAUAAGAACAAGAAAAACAACUCGCGGAUAAGUGAAAAAGCCGUCAUUGCGAUGCAGCUUAAUAACAAAAAUAUCGAAAAUAUGAAUGAUACAAAUUUUAAGGGCCUAUGAAUCUUCCAUACUUAAUUAUUAACAUCAUUUAAAGCAACAAUAGCACAAUAAGUGCACAAAACUAUACAAAUGUACAUAAAUAUUCAUACAUACAUAUAUAUACCCGUAAAAUAUUGCAUGUAUCGUGGU